AUGAAUGGUACCAAUUAUUGGAACUUGUAUGCUAACUACUUCAAAGAGCACAUGCAGACAGAACUUGUGUGCAUUGGCAGAGAGGCCCCAGCUGGAGGUGGCAUGCCUAGUGCAACCCUCAAGUCUGCCUCUGCUAAAUCUGGCUUUGAAGCAGCCAUCGUCCUAUGUGGCAAAGUAGUCAAUGAAGAUGGGUCACUCAGCCAUUCAUAUAAUAUGCCAGGUGCUGCAGGGAUACAAUUCUGGAAAACACAAUGUCAUGCGAGCGAUGAUGCCAUCAUUGGGCAUCUUAAAGCACAUGUGUAUAAUACCACAUCCUUGGCCGAGUCUCAAGCUCCCGAGGAAUGGAAUGAUGGUUUGAAGUGGGUUAAGCUCAAACUGAUCAAACAAGUUGCCCAGCUUGGGGGCAAGUGUGCCUGGGAUAAAAACUUUCCUUGGAAGGGCAUGUCCAGUGUGCUUGCUGAUGCCAAUCUCUGCAUCAAGGGAUAUCCAGCUAACAGGUGUCUCUUGCCUAGUGAAGCUCACAAUGAGAACUCAAAGAAUAAGGGCAUUGGAGCGCUGACACAGAAGGAAAUUGUGGUGCUCAUGGAGGCAUUGAAGUCAGGAACCAUGCAAGCAUCUAUUAUGGCAUCUGAGAGGCCCAUUAUCACAGGCAUAGUGCUUCCAUCUGACUGGUCACACACUGCUCAUAUCAAGCCCAGCAAUGCAGCUACCAAAGUUAAGAAGGCCAAUAAAGUGACAAAGGUCCCUCCACCACCUGACACCAAUGACGAUGACAAUUCAGAUGAUGAUGAUUCAAUAGUAUCUACUGCUUGCAAGUUCAGAAAACCUACCAUGAGAUUAUAA